AAAAAUUCAAACUGAAAAUUUUUUAUUCAAUAAAAACAAUUGACUAAACCAUCAUCAACAGUUCAUCUGUUUAUACAUAAUAUUUUUCAAGAAAAAUGGAUAUCCACCGUUGUAGAUUUGUUCCCUAUGAGCCCCAUACCAUCACAUCUUUAGCUUUUAGCCAUAAAUCAAAUAACUCCUUUACUCCAAUUGAUUUGAGAUUAGCCGUUGGUAGAUCAAAUGGUGAUAUAGAAAUUUGGAACCCAAGGUUUAAUUGGUUUCAAGAAUUGAUUAUCAGAGGUGGUAAAAACAGAUCUAUUGAAGGUUUGGUUUGGGCUUUAUGGGAAGAUAAUAUUCCAAGAUUAUUUUCAAUAGGUGGUUCCACCGUAAUAACCGAAUGGAAUUUGUCAAAUGGCUUGCCCUUGAAAAAUUAUGAUUGCAAUUCAGGUAUUAUUUGGUCAAUAGAUAUAAGUGAUGAUUCAAAUCAUUUAAUUGUUGGGUGCGAUAAUGGUUCUGCUGUUCUUAUCGAUAUUUCUGGUGGUCCUGGCUCAUUAGAACAUGACUCAAUUUUACAAAGACAAAAUUCAAGAAUUUUAUCAAUAGCCUUUAAUAAAAAUAAACAAGUUAUAGGCGGUUGUGCUGAUGGCAGAAUUAGAUGUUGGAGUGUUAAUGGAAUCAACAAAGGCAAAUUAUUAGCAACAAUGAAAGUCGAUAAAUCAAAAGUUGAAAGCACGUUAGUUUGGUCAAUAUUAGUAUUGCCAGCUAAAAACUAUAUUGUUAGUGGUGAUUCAACUGGUUCAAUCAAAUUUUGGGAUUUAACUCAUUUCACUUUAAGGCAAUCUUUUAAAAUAUCAGAAUCUGAUAUCUUAACUUUAACAAAGGAUUUCACCGAAGAAAACGUCUUUUGUGCUGGAAUUGAUAGAAAAAUAUAUUCUUUUGAUUUAGUAGAAGUUGCAAGAAAUAAUCAAAAAAGUCAGUCAAAAAAUAUUCAAUGGGUUAACUCCUACAAAAGAUUAUGCCAUUCAAAUGAUAUAAGAUCAAUUGCUUCUUUUCAGUCGAAAUUUUCAAAUUUUUUAGUUUCUGGUGGUGUAGAAAAAACUAUAAUUAUAAAUUCAAUAAAAGAAUUCAAUUCAACUCCUUUUAAGAAAAUCCCAAUUACCCAACAAUUGGAACAAAAUUUAAUUGUCAACUCUUUAAAAAAAUUUAUCAUAAUUUGGCAAGAUCAAACAAUUAAAAUCUGGAAAAUUUUUUCUCCGGAUAAUUAUAAACUAAUAUCUAAAUUAUCUUUAUCUGAAGACCAGAAUAUUUCAUCUUGUUCAAUAACAAAUGAUGGGAAAUAUUUAGCUGUAUCAACUUUAUCAUACAUUAGAGUUUUUAAAUUAACCGAAUUUAAAACAAUAGAUAAUAAACCAAGAUUAAAAAUUAAGAAAUUAAGAGUUUUAAGUGAACAAUUGAAUGAGUAUAGUGGGAAGUUGAUAAAAUUUUUAAACAAUGAUAACAAUACAUUAAUAGUUUUAACAACAGAUAAUGAGAUUUAUAAAAUAAGUUUUAAUAUUGAAAAUUUUGAAAAUGAAGAGAAUAUCGAUAAUAUUGAUGAUUUGAUAAUCAAUCCAGUUGAAUUAGAAAUAUCUGAAAACAAAAAAUUAAAAUCGAAAUAUGAGUAUCUUUUAAAUAUUAAAAACCUAAAAAUCUCUAAAGAUAAUAAAUAUAUAGCGGUUUCAAGAUUUUCAGGUGAAAUCAAUAUCAUCUCAUUAGAAAGUAAUGAAUCGUUUCAAUUGACUAAAUUAUCUGUUCCUCCUUGUGAUAUUGAAUUUACUAAUAGAAAUACGUUGAUAGUAAUAGCUAUUGACCAUAAAAUAUAUGAAUUUAAUUAUUUAUCUAUUAUAUUAUCAAAAACAAUUAUUGAAAUCGAUAAUAAUGAUAAUAAUGAUGAUGAUGAUGGUAAAUCUAACAAUUUAUCAUUAUUAAGUGAAUGGUCAAAGAAUAACUCUGAAUAUUUACCAACAAGUUUUGUUUUGUUGGAGAAUAAAUGUUGUGGUAUAUUUACAAACAGUAUUUCAAAAGAUCGUAUUUGGUUUUGGGGACCAGAUUGGAUAGUAUUUUAUGAUUUAUCAUUUAAUAUUAGAGAUGGGUUAGUUAAAAAUGAAAAAGGCGUUGAAAAGAGAUUUAAAGGGUUAAGCGUAUUAGAAAAUGAAGAAUUGUUGGAAAAUGGAGAUAAGGAUAAUAAGAAUGAUAAUUUGGAAAAUGAUGAAGAUAUAGACGAGGAUAUGAAUCUAUUAGAACUCUUAAAUGAGAAAAGCAAUAGAAAAGUCUCUAAUUCGAGUUCAAAAGCGUAUUGGUUCAGUGAUAGAUAUAAUUUCAUUUUAUUUGCAGAUAGCUUUGGAGAGAAAGAGAUUGCAGUUAUUGAGAGAGACGAGAAUAUAUUACGGAAAACACCAGCAUUUAAAUCUCGUAAUAUUAAUGUAUAAAUAAUUUAUAGAAAUGAGUAAUUUUAAUUUAAGAAAUUAAGUUAUAGUUAUAUUUUCUUUUUUUAUUUUUAGUUUGGUUUAAAUGUUUAAAUUUAUAAAUUUGAGUUGACGAAUUUAUGAAUUGUUGAAUGUU